AGCUGGAAUUUCAUUCUCGAAUUUUAUUGUUUUUUUUUUUUUGUUUUGAAAUUAAUUUUUUUUUAUUUAUUUAUCAUACAAAUAAAUAAUUUAGGAAAACCAAAAUGGAUUCUCAACCAAUAAUACCCGAACCAUUAUCGGCCAAUGAUAAAAAUUCAUUUGCAUAUAAAACACUUAGUUAUCGUUUACCGAUAAUUAUAACAAAAGUAAUCGAUCUAUUAUGUCGUCAACGAAAACAGAUCAUUUCGAUUGAUCUAAAAUUACCACCAGAACAACAACCAGAAGCUGAAGAAGAAACUAAACAAUUGAUUGAAGAAUUGGCCAAACUUAAAUAUGAACUACAGACAAAUAAAUCAAUACGACCAAUUGUUUCAUCAUCAUUAUCGGAUACACAAGCAUGGAAUGAUUUGUUGAAUGAAGAAUAUCGCCAUAAUGAUAAUGUUGUUUAUUUCAAUGUUUCAUGGCUACUAAGUGAAUGUUAUUUCUAUCGUAUGAUGCAUGAAAUUUUUGUUCGUUCAAAAUAUUUUCAAAAUUUUGAUCAAUUUUUCACUGUCAAAAAAGAAUCAUUUGAAUUGUGUUUGAAACCGGCGGAAAAAUUGGCCAAACAUUUAUUAAUGCUCAACGACCAACAACAAUCAUCCGAUUAUCAAGAAUCUACAUUUACAUUUUAUACAAUGCAUUCAUUAUGGGGUAAUAAAUUUGAUCUAUCAUUAUCAUGUGGUGAACGUAAACAAACCGGUGAUUUUGAUUUCAAUGAAUUGGAAUCGAAAAUUCUUGUGAAUGAUUUGAAAAAUUUCUGGUCAUUUAUGCAACAAUUAUUUUCCGGCCAAAAUUCUAACAACAACCAAAAUGAUAAAAAAUCCUAUCGAAUCGAUAUCAUAUUGGAUAAUGCUGGUUAUGAAUUAUUUACGGAUUUUUGUUGGGUAGAAGCUAUGCAUACGAUUGGAUUAUUGCCAAAAGAUCAGGUUAUUGUACAUUUUCAUGUCAAAUGUAUGCCAUGGUUUGUAUCGGACACAAUGACCAGUGAUAUAAAAUGGUUAUUAAAAUAUGUUAAUGAUACGGCCGGAAUCAGUUUAGAUCUUAAACGAUUAAAUGAACGUUUUAAUGAAAAUUUUCGCCAUCGUCAAUGGUUAAUUGAAGAACAUGAUUUUUGGACAUUACCACAUGAUUAUGCACAAAUGCCACGUGUAGCACCGGAAUUAUAUCGAGAUUUUUGCCAUGAAUCACGUUUAAUUUUAUUCAAAGGUGAUCUUAAUUAUAGAAAAUUAGUUGGUGAUCGAAAAUGGAAUAUUCGAACAUCUUUUAAACAAGCGAUUCGAGAAUUUCAACCAAAAUCAGCGGCUAUUUGUACACUACGAACAAUUAAAGCCGAUGUUGUUGUCGGUAUUCACGAUGAUCCGGUGAUUAUCGAACGUAUCAAACAAUUUCCAAGUGAUUGGAUGGAAAUUGGUGAAUAUGCUGUAAUAAAUUUUUUAAAAAUUGAUUAAAUUGCGUUUCAAAUUAUC